ACAUCUAAAUCCAUGCAUGACAUGACAAGAAAGACGGAGUACGUACCAGGCUCCUUCUUCCUCACUCGGUCAAUUCCAACAUGGCGGACAAGAAGGAAAACAAUGCAGAGGAAGAAAGGCAUCGAUUUUUACAGUCUCUUUUGAAUAGAGGUCCCAAUAAGAGACAGAUUAAACCAGUAGAAAACAGUCCUUUGCUGCAGUUUGUGCUGGGAGAGGAUGAAGAAGAUGAGGAAGAAGAUGAAGACUUUGAGUUUGAUGAACAUGCUGAAGCUGGAUCAGGAAGUGAUUAUGAUGAACAAGAUAUGGAUUCUAGCAAUGUAGACAACCGAAAUGAACCAGAGGACAAUGAUGGUGAUAGCGAAGACAGCGAAGAAGAGGUUGAUAAAGGACCAACAUUAUCAAUUGGAGAUCUGAUAGCAGCAAUGCAUUCAAAGAAAGACCAGAAGCUAGAACCUCUCAAAGCAUCUUCUGAUGUGGUCAUCUGUGGUAUAUGUAUGGAUGAUGUCAGUGAUGAAGGAGAUGAAAUUGUUGAGUGUGACAACUGUGGGAUCACUGUCCAUGAAGGUUGCUAUGGUAAUAUUAAUGAACAAGGAAGUGAAAGUGACAAGAGUAAUGAUACUGACUCGCCAACAGAGCCUUGGUUUUGUGAUGCAUGCAAAUCUGGAGUUCAACCUGAUUGUGAACUUUGUCCUAAUCUUGGUGGGAUAUUCAAAGAAACAGAUACUGGACAAUGGGUUCAUUUGCUUUGUGCUCUCUACACACCUGGAGUGGCUUUUGUGAAGCCUGAAAGCCUGGAAUGUGUUACCCUGUCUGAAUUACCUCUGUAUAAGUGGGGUGCUAAGGAAUGCAGUUUGUGUGAAGAUGAGCGCUUCAGUAGGACAGGUGUCUGUGUGGGUUGUGAUGCUGGUUUAUGUAGAACUUACUUCCAUGUUACUUGUGCUCAAAUCCACGGUCUUCUAUCAGAUGUACCAGAGGAAUGUGAUGAGGAUGUAGCUGACCCACUGUAUGCACACUGUAAACAACAUGCCGAUAAAACCAUAACCAAAGGAAGACGUCGGGCAUGGCUAGCAUAUAAUGCAAGGUUUAAGAAGGCAAGUGAAAGAAAGACACCAGAAGAAAAGGAAAGAAUUGAGUCCUGCUUAAAUGAAAUCCAAAAACGAGUAAAAGAAGAAAAAGCCAGUUCACCAACAAAAGCCUUGUACACUCCAACUGAGAAAGUUUCUCGUCUUCUAUCUUCUUGUCCUGGAGCUUGUCGGCAGUUGUUCAAGAAAGCAGUUCUUUUAGGAUUUACAACUGAGCAAACAAGAGAUGUUGUAAACGUGCGUCGAAAGUGGUUCGUUCCUCCAUCAAUGACCUGUGAAUUUGUCAACUAUUAUAAUGAUCGGGAUGCACGUGUUAAAGACAUGCAGGAACGACAAGCGAAACUCGAAACCAACAACCAACAACUACAAGAAGAAGAACGAAAACUGAGAGAAAAAGUAGACAAGCUGACAGGAAAUCUUCAUGGUCUGACAAGCACCCUAAAAAAGCACCGAGAGGAAGGUCUGGUUCUACACCAACUGUUAUGUCAACUCGCUGAUCAGGACUUCAGUUUGCCUGAGAUUCUAAAAACAAGAAAAACAAAACGAAAGAUGUCGGAAACCUCUUCAAAACACAUCCAGAUACAUCCGUGCGCUAAAUGUAACGAAAAAACCAAUCCCCACUUGAUGACUGAAUGUGACACGUGUCAUAACUAUUACCACCUGGGCUGUGUAGACCCACCCCUUACAAGAAUGCCCAGGAAGUCUGCCAAGUGUUUGUGGCAGUGCUCUGAAUGCGAUCCCAGCGAAAGUGAGGAAGAGGUCGAUGUGAAUGUGGAUGACGAUACUCCAAUUUCGAAAAGUCGACAAAGAAGAACCAUAAAAGAGCCUACCAAGUUUACUCCAGAUAAGGGCGAGCCACAAAGAAUAAAAGUGUUUAGAAAACGAAAAGCCUCACAAGAUGUUGUCAACACACCUGAAGCGGAGUCUGCACCAAAGAAACCUAAAGUAGAAAAACGGCCAAGGAAGAAAAAAGAAUACGUCCGUAAAGAAAAAGUCCAAGAUUUACGUACCGAAUGUUUUAAGUGUAAACGAAAAGGAGAUAAUCACACUCUUGCAAGGUGUGAUAACUGUAAGCAGUGUUAUCAUUUUGGCUGUUUGGACCCACCAGUCAAGAGUAACCCCAAGAAGCGUGGUUAUAUGUGGUACUGUACGGAGUGUGAUGAAUCGGAAGAGGAGGAAGAGGAAACAGAAGAAAAGAGCGAAAAGAUGGAAGUCAGUGAGGAAGCAGAAGAAAAAACGAAGAAGGACGAGAAGACGACUACAUAACUGCUUGCUGUUAUAAUGACAACCUUCAUUUUUGUUCCCCCCUUUCCUCCACCAUAUUUUACCAUCAUUCUUACCGCCUGGACGAUGGUAAAUAUUGAACACGGCUCCCCAAAGCUUUAGUUUUCUAUAGUUUUAUCUCUGGCUGGCAAUACGAGGCCCACAAAGAACAUGUUUCUUGAUCAAAGUUCGUUCGUGUUGAAAUUUUCGGAAAAUAACUGAUUUUAUUUUGGCAACUGCAUUAAGUUGAAAAUUGACGUGAAUACCAGACAAAGUCGCAUCGCCGAAGUUUAGAUUAAAUUAAAAAUUAAAGAAAAAAAAUAAAGAAAGAAAAUCAUUUAGGUUUUACUAAAGCAGAUAAAUAAUCAAAUGUGUACAAUAUUAUCAAAGUUCAAUAAAAGCUGUUUGUGGAA